UCGCCGUCCGGCGCCAUGGGGGCUUUGGACCCGGAAGUGGCGCCCUGGGCUCGCGGCGGGGCCGCGGGGAUGGCGGGAGCCGGAGCGGGAGCGGGGGCUCGCGGCGGAGCGGCGGCGGGGGUCGAGGCCCGGGCUCGCGAUCCGCCGCCCGCGCACCGCGCACAUCCGCGCCACCCGCGGCCUGCGGCGCAGCCCUCGGCCCGCAGGAUGGACCCCGGGUCCGGGGGCCUGGGCUCCGGGGACAACGCCCCGACUACCGAGGCUCUUUUCGUGGCGCUGGGAGCGGGCGUGACGGCGCUUAGCCACCCGCUUCUCUACGUGAAGCUGCUCAUCCAGGUGCUGGUCUCCCAGACACCUUGCCUCCUGCCUGGCCACAGAGAGUCUGUCUCCUCGUUGAUUGGCAGCAUAGCCAAUGGCAUCACCCCUUGGGAGAGACCCCACCUCCAUAGGAGUGGCCUGGUGCUUCACCCACCCGUGGGUCAUGAGCCGAUGCCCCCCACCAUUGGGACCAAUGUGCUGGGGAGAAAGGUCCUCUAUCUGCCGAGCUUCUUCACCUACGCAAAGUACAUCGUGCAAGUGGAUGGGAAGAUAGGGCUGUUCCGAGGCCUGAGCCCCCGGCUGAUGUCCAACGCCCUCUCCACUGUGACCCGGGGCAGCAUGAAGAAGGUUUUCCCUCCAGAUGAGAUCGAGCAGGUUUCCAACAAGGAUGAUAUGAAGACGUCUCUGAAGAAAGUGGUGAAGGAGACCUCCUACGAGAUGAUGAUGCAGUGCGUGUCCCGCAUGCUGGCGCACCCCCUGCAUGUCAUCUCAAUGCGCUGCAUGGUCCAGUUUGUGGGACGGGAGGCCAAGUACAGCGGCGUGCUGAGUUCCAUUGGGAAGAUUUUCAAAGAGGAGGGGCUGCUGGGAUUCUUUGUCGGCUUAAUUCCUCACCUCCUGGGAGAUGUGGUUUUCUUGUGGGGCUGUAACCUGCUGGCCCACUUCAUCAAUGCCUACCUGGUGGAUGACAGCGUGAGUGACACCCCAGGGGGGCUGGGAAACGACCAGAAUCCAGGUUCCCAGUUCAGCCAGGCCCUGGCCAUCCGGAGCUACACCAAGUUUGUGAUGGGGAUCGCAGUGAGCAUGCUAACCUACCCCUUCCUGCUGGUCGGUGAUCUCAUGGCUGUGAACAACUGUGGGCUGCAGGCCGGGCUCCCCCCUUACUCCCCAGUGUUCAAAUCCUGGAUCCACUGCUGGAAGUACCUGAGUGUGCAGGGCCAGCUCUUCCGCGGCUCCAGCCUGCUUUUCCGCCGGGUGUCAUCAGGAUCAUGCUUUGCCCUGGAGUAACAUGAAUCACCUAAAACCCCGCUGUCUCGGCCUGGGCGCUGUGGAGGAGGCCUGAGCAUCUUGAGGCACCUGUUACGACUCCAACCCAGCAACACCUAGAUGUGCUCCAGCCCAGCUGGGCUUUGGUUUCCAUAUUUGCCAUGUGUCUGUCCGGAAGUGGGGGUUAGGUGGGGGUGAGGCUGCGCCCAGUGGAUUGGUCACCUGCUAGACCUGCGGGAGGUGGGCAGGGCUAUGGAAUUGGGGCAGAAUCCCCUUACUAAGCAGAUUUGCUGAAUCCGCUUUGUAUCAGGGGCCAGAGAACGACUUGUGGAGGCCUAGGUUGGAUGGGAAAGGCUCACGGGGUCAGGUCCCACCCCCUGCUCACACCCAAGUGGGCCCAGCUCUCCUGCAGCUCAGCUGGGAGCACUGCCCUCCUGCUUUGUACAUAGGGCGUGAUCCCCUUUCACCAGGCCACCACCAUGUCCAGGCCUGUGCCAGGAAGCCAUUGCUCAGUUCUACCUUUGUUUUUCUCAACACUACCUUUCUGAUACGAAGGCAGCACCUUCGGAAUGUGAAAUCAUGUACUGCUCAGAAUGUGUCCCUCUCAUCAAGUGCUCAUUGGUUUAAUGGUGACGCCUCCUGUGCAGGAUCUGGUCACCUGUGCAUUUGUGAACACCCAGGAAUUAGGCAGAUCACCGUCUCUUGUCUACCCAGUUUAACAAUUUGUGAUAAGAUUUGACCGUUUCUCCCUCAAAUAAAUGUAUUGGUGGUGAUUUGGA